AUGGCUACUCCACGUUAUUUAAAGCAAAGAAGUAUCAAUAGUCGAAGAGUGACUUCAGACAUGUCAAGACAAGUCAUUCAAGAGCCUUACAAAGCCAAGAAAUGUUACUUCUAUAGAGAUGGGGAUACUAAGUUUAAAGCUGUGAUGCUGUGCAUCCACCCACGAAAGUACAAAAGACUGGAAACAGUUAUUUCAGAGUUGUCAGCAAAAGUGAAGUUACCUUUUGGUGUCAGAAGUAUCUUCACCCCCAGGGGCAGGGAUAUGAUUACUUCCCUAGAUGGCUUUGAGAAUGGAGAGAGUUAUGUGUGCUCACAACUGAGGCUACAAGCUAGAGGGGUGGAUCCAGACAAAGUAGUCCCUCCACCCAGGUGGUAUUAUGACAAGCCAUCUAGUGGAACAAAGGAACUAGCUCUUCUGCUCAAGGAACAGGAAUUCAAAAAUAAAGCACGGUAUCUAGGAAAGAAAUAUGAGGCGCAGUAUCAGAAGCUGUUGUAUCCGUAUACACGAGUUCAGCCAAAGAAAAUUACGAUGCUGAAAAAUGGGGAACCACACGUCCGCCAUGUUGUGCUUAUCAAUCGACGUACAGCUCAGACAUUUGAGCAGAUCCUCAGGGACAUCAGUGAAAUGUUUGGCAUGGCUGUCAGUAGACUCUUCACUGUUGAAGGAAGACAGGUUACCAGCCUGGCUGCAGUAAUAAAUGGACCAGAUGUUCUCGUUGCCGCAGGAAAGGAACCUUUCAAACAGAUGAUACCAUUUGUUUAUGAACCAGUCGAGUCUCGGGUACGCAGCCGCUUGGAAAUGAGCAGACUUGACAUGAGAAGUAGGCUGGAUACAAGCAGGAUGGAGAUGAGAAGCAGGCUUGAUACAGAUCAGCGGGACACCAGAAGCAGGUUGGAUACGAAUCGUUCAGAGCAUAUGUAUGGCAGAGUUGCUCCAAAGGCGACUAAAAAUAAGGAGAAAAUGGCAAAAACAAGGGGACAAUGGAAAGUUUGGUGCACCACCAGUGACCUCUCGGAUGCAGGCACUAGUGCUCAAGUGACAAUAACUGUGUAUGGCCAUAAAGAAAAUUCUGGGCCUAUACCCCUGGGCUUUCCCGACAGCAAGGCUUUCCAGCGUGGCCAGGUUGAUGAGUUUGAAUUGGACGUAGGGACUGGUAUUGGAGAGAUCUUCAAAAUCAGGCUAGCUCAUGACAAUACAGGAGAGCACCCAGACUGGUUUUGUGAUGAGAUAAGAAUGCAAGAUGAAGACACCGAAGAGACCCUAGUGUUUCCUUGUCGCAGAUGGUUGUCAAGAAAUAAAGAUGACCAUGAAAUCUGUAGAGAACUUCCAGUUAACAGAAAAGGACAGCCUCAGUUGCCUGUGAUUAAAUAUGAAGUCACAGUUACAACAGGAGAUCUUUGGAAUGGUGGAACAAAUGCUAGUGUAUAUCUGACAAUCUAUGGUGACCGUGGGGACUCUGGGGUGCGUCAGUUGUAUACCAAUCAUUUCACCAUAGAAGCUGUUUCUUUGGGUCACCUGAAAAGGGUCAUUGUAGGACAUGAUGGAACAGCACCAGUGGAAAACAUGCAGUAUUUGCACUUGGAGAAAGUUAGUAUUCAGGAACCAGUGUUCAAAUACAUUGUAUCUUGUUUGCUUACUUUGUCUAAAUUUAUUCACAGAUGGUUAGACGAAGGAGAAGAUGAUGGAAAGAUAGUGAGGGAACUGAAAGUGCAAGAUGAUUACUUGGAGGAUAUUUUAGAAAAGAGAAAUGUAA